AUGGCAACGGAGACGAAAUUCCUGUCGGAGUCAAGAGCCGUUCUAAGAGAUAUCUUUCGUUCCGCCGUGAAAGCGGUGUCGCCGAGCGAAAUUAUAAGGAGGAGGGUGAGACUCCGAGGUAACGCUUUGUACGUCGACGAGAGGAAUUUCCCGCUUAAAGGUGACGUUUACCUCGUCGGAUUCGGUAAGGCGGUUAUGGGGAUGGCUGUGGAGCUCGAGCGAGUACUCGGCGACACUUUGAAGAAGGGCAUUGUCAGCGUGCCGAGUAUGUCGAGGGACGCUAUGUGGGCCUCCGAGGAUAAAUCUAGCUUCCCUAAGUUGCACAACAGUAGGAUAGACUAUCGCGAAGGUGGCGUCAACAAUCAACCUGAUGCCAGAUCGUUGGACACCACACACGACAUUAUAGACCUGGUUGAAAAGUUAACCGAGACGGAUACUCUGGUAGUAUUAGUGUCAGGUGGAGGCUCCGCAUUGCUGUACAUGCCGAGGCCCGUCCUGGCUCAAGAAGACAAGUUGGAACUUUGUAAGAAGCUCCAAAACGCAGGUGCCGAUAUCACCGAGCUUAACACCGUGAGACAAAAGCUGUCUCUGGUAAAAGGCGGUGGUUUGGCACGUAUGGCCUAUCCCGCGUCCGUUGUUACGCUGAUAUUGUCCGAUAUUGUCGGUGAUCCUGUAGACUUGAUCGCCAGUGGUCCUACUGUUUAUAAUCCGAGAACACCGGAGCAUGCUGUUGCCAUUUUAAAGAAGUAUAACUUGUUUCAGUCACUUGAGGGUAACUUAAAGACUGUUGUAACAUCCAAGGAGCCGUUUAACGAUAAACCAUUGUUAAAUCCAGCUACAGCUAAAACUGCCACUAAACAAUUCAAACACGUGACGAAUAUAAUUCUAGGAAACAAUACAAUGGCUCUUGAAGCUGCGAAACUUGAAGCUUCGCGCAAAAAAUUGACUCCAAUAAUCUUAAAGAAUAAUGUCACGGGAAAUGUACAAGACGUUAGUUCAGCGUAUGUUCACUUAACAAGUCUGAUAUGUCUCGUUUUACUAAAUGAGCUGGAGAGACAAGAAUUUUACGACAAAGUACGGACUAUGUCAAUACUUUCAUUAUCUACUGACAAAGUCGACGAAAUCUUUCAUCAUCUUAUUGGCAAUCUCGAUGGUAUAGUUUUAAUCGGAGGUGGAGAACCUACGGUUGUGGUAACAGGUCACGGAAAAGGCGGUAGAAAUCAGGAAUUAGCUUUACGUUUUUCACUAGAUUGGUUAGCAAAAAUCAAAACUUAUCCGCGAUUUGCCGAGUACGAUGUGAUUAUGCUCAGUGCAGGUACCGAUGGUCAAGAUGGUCCUACCGAUGCAGCAGGUGCAUUUGGCUAUCCUGCUAUUGCGCCCGUAAUGCACGAUUUUUAUACAAAAAUUAAAUCUAUGACUACCAAAGAAAAUGCACAGGAAAUAAUGACAGACAGGAAAAUGCAGGAUUCGUACAAACGACAGCAAACGAGUAGAUUUGUAGCAGAAUCUAAUGUUGAACAAAAAGAACGAGAUUGCAGUAGCACGAUAGAAAAAUCUUCUCGAGAAGAUGUUAAUGAACAUAUCGAUCAUUUAGUAUUAAAGACAAUGGAAGUAGAACGCAUGUUACCUGAAAAUGUCUUAAAAGAAAACGAUACGUAUAAUUUUUACUCGCGCUUUAAGAAAGGGACAGACUUAAUUAAAACGGGAAACACUGGUACUAAUGUUAUGGAUUUACAUUUUAUUUAUAUAAAAAAACGGCCGUGCAAGUGUGAGAUUGAUUCUUCUGAUAAAUCAAUAUAUGAAGAAGAUAUCUUGAACAUACACGAUUUACACAUUGACGCAUUGACUAUGGAAAAGUACAAGGCUGCAUGUGCUCCCUUAAAAUUCAAGAAAGACGAACUUUUACAAACUCCAUCUUUAACUACUGAAGCAAAAGCGGAAAAACCGUUUCUAAAAAGUAUUGAUAAAAAUUUUACAGAUAUGUGUUGUACUAAAAAACGUAAAGUUGAUUAAUUAAAAGUAUAUCAAGA